GUACAGAGGGAUUUUGGUUUCUUCAAGGACGUUGGAAGGUUUGCUUGGUCGUAGUUAUGAUCUUAACUUUUUGCCAGUUGUAGUCGGGCUGUCGAGGUCGUAGUUGCAUCACUUUUGAUGAGAUUCCAGCCGUUUUUGUUACUUCUAUCAGUAACCAAUGUUCCUUGAGAAACGUUUGAUGAAUUGAUAAAUCCAUGGACACACCCCUUCGAAUUAGUGGCUUGUAGUCAACCUAAGCACUAUGCAUCGAGUUUCAGAUGUUCCAGUUGUCGUCUUCAAUCCACAUUUGACGUGUAGUUUGUGCAAAGGAUACUUAAUCGAUGCCACAACAGUUGUUGAGUGUCUUCACUCUUUCUGUCGUAGUUGCAUUUUAACGUAUCUUCAGCAUAAAACGACAUGCCCAGUUUGUGAAACACUUCUACACAAAACCAAACCACACUAUGCCAUUCGUCCUGACCGUGCAUUGCAGGCUAUUGUUUACAAACUUAUUCCAAAUCUGUUCGAGAAAGAAAUGUUGUCCAGGAGAAAAUUUUAUGAAGCUCAUCCUUCCCUUCAUAGUCGUUCACUCAGUCCUGAAAAGCGAGGUGAUAUAUCAAUUAAUACCUAUGUACUUCCAGAAGAAGAUCGCCUAAGUAUUGAACUUCGAUACUGGGAUCAAAAUGAAAAUAACAUUGAUGAUUCUAGCAGUAAAUUUUCCAGUCAGUCUGAUUUAUCCAUUCUCCCUCCUAUUCAACCUACAUUUUUACUUUGUCCACCUGAACUUACAGUGGGACAUAUUGAAAAGCUUAUUCGAAUGAAGUUCAACUUGAAGCCGAGUGAGCACGAUGUUUCCGUAUUUUUUUCAGCUGAUGAUCUCUUUAAUCCUGAUCACACAUUAUCAGAUCUAGCUUGCCUUUAUGCUUGGCGUCGUCAACAACCCUUUAAAUUAUAUUUUACAAUCAAACAAGCUACACAAAAUGUGUCUCCUGUUUUGAUUGGACCUCAGUCCCCGACGAAAGUGAGUAAUCUCAAUGAAGAGGGCAUGGAUAAAUCUAAUCUGCGCAACCAAAAUACUAAUUCUUGUUCUCUUAAACAGAAAUCUAAAAAUCUACCUAUGAGUCCCGUACGCAAAAGACAAGUGGACAAUCAUGAUUUUGAGACAAGCAAUCAUCCUUCUGAAACCUCUGUUUCUAAUUCACAAACCUCGACAAAAUCAUCUUGUAAAAUAUCACUCCCUACUCAAUUUAUGAAGUCAAUCAGCUUAUCAACUCCAAUGUUAAAUACUCCAAACUCUGUUUGUUCGUCUUUAGCAUAAACUAUAUAUUUUUAAACACUAUGUAACUACUAGUCAUCUGACUUUUUAUCUUAUGAGCAUUUAGUAUUUCACAACACAUACAAAGGACUUUCAGGUUCACAUCUUCAAAAUUCAUCUCUGUACUUUGAUUUCAUAGGUAAUACUGGUCAAAAGCUAGAAUAAUAUUCUCAACAUGUGUACAUUUGUUUGCUUAGUUUUUUCUCAGUGAUGUUGCUAUAUACUGUAAAUUUGUUUUGUUUUGGUUUCUUUUUAAUUUUUGUUUAAAUCAGAAGCUACUAACUUUGUGUAAUUUUUUGCAGUAUUCAUAUUAUCGACUGGAAAAAUUACAUUAAAAUUGUUGCCAUUGUUUAUUUUCAGCUUUUAUUUGGUUGUGUUUGUAAUACUAAUGCAGUUUGUUUAAAAAAUUUAAUUCAUGAUACCAUGUUUGUACAAUGCGCAACUAUCUGGUCUGUGCUGCUUUAUGACUGUGAGGCAGAUCAUUAAGAGUGGAAGAUAUAAGAGUGCUAGCUAUCUCCGACCACAGGUGUUUGCGUUCUGUUCCCCUUGUUAAGUGGUAUAAUACUGUGAGUAACAUCAAGGUUAGGCAUCAAGUGCUUCCUAAGAAGAGAGUAGGUGAAACGAUGAAGUUGUGAAGCUGCAUCGAUUAACAUGGCCGGGACACGUGUAACCCAUGCCGAGCCACUGCUUUUCUCAAUGAGCAAUGCUAUUUGAAUUAAAACCUGAAAUCAGUCCAUGAAGUCUUUGUAAUAUUUCAUAUCCAUAAUCCCUUAUGUGCGUCGGUGGCACAGCGGUAGGAUGCUCGCCAAUCGCGCCUUACGUGGUCCGGGGUUCGAUCCCCGGUCGACGCACUGUCUUACCUCGCCAAGCCAGUAAUGAGACUGGUAAAGAGGGAA